UCAGUUUCUCUCUGAAGUCAAGGCUGAACACAUGCUGGAGAAUGGAGCUCUUCACUCAGGAGAAGAAGUUUCUCUACGUCUUCUUCAGCAUUCUCGCAAUGACUCGAGGAAAGAUAUUACCAGGUUCGUGUAGUUUUCAGGAGACGAUGUGUGACUACACAGCAGACCCAGCUUUCCUCAGCUGGAACCUCAACCCUAAAGAUCAUUUCAUCACGCUGGAUGCGAACUCACAGGGCGAUGGGAACAAGGCAGUUCUGUUGGGUCCUGAUGUGGAGCUGCAGGAUUGGAGCUGUCUUCGACUCAUCUAUCAGAUCACUGGUACUGGCUCACUUCAGGUUCUCACUCGGUCAGAGGGAGAGAAUUUUGACCACAUGCUCUGGUCAUCCAGCAGAUCCUCUGAUAACUGGAUCAUCACUACCAUAGACCUGCAGAAUUCCACUGAACCGUACAAGAUAGUGAUUGAGGGUGGACGAGGCUCAGCUGAAGGCAGCAGUGUGUCCAUCUUUGAGGUCAACAUUUCAGAUAAAUACUGCAUCGAGUGUGAUUUUGAGGAGUCUCACCUGUGUGGCUAUGCGAGUCAUUGGAGUGGAAAUGUGAACUGGUACGUGGGGAGAGGAUCUCCGAACAACCCUGCACUCAGUGACGGCCCCGGUCACUACAUGUAUGUGGAUUCGAUCCACUCCAGGACUCUAAAGGAAGUGGCCACACUGGUGUCACCCAUGACCUCGGUGCCCAUGUCGGGCUGUUUGAGUUUUCAGUACCAGCAGGACAACGCCGAGGGUCACAUGUUCUCGGUGUACAGCAGGGACCAUGUGGGGCAGUACAGUGAGCUGUGGAGUGCAGACCUGCCUGAGAGCAACCAGGUUGAGCAGGAAGCCAAAACCCAAGUGUGGAUUCCUGUAUAUGUGCCCCUGAGUGCCCCCUACCCCCUACAGGUGGUAUUUGAAGUUUCCUUUAACAGUCCUAGAGGAGGUCGUGUGCUGCUGGAUGAUGUUGUGUUUUCUCCUGAGUCGUGCUCUUCAGGAUCAGAACCCGUGUUUAACCCGUCAGUGGCAGACUGUGACUUUGAGCUGGGUUUUUGUCACUACACACAGAACAUGACAGAAAGUGAAAUGUGGAGGCGAGUCUCAGUGCGGCCCAAUGUGUACCGUGAGGGAGACCACACGACUGGGAGAGGUUGGUUCCUGUUGGUGAGUUCACGCUUCAUCAUGCAGUCUGGCGCCAUCAGUCGACUGUUCGGACCGUUUCUGCCCAGGAACCAGAAGUUCUGCCUGAGGUUCUUCUACUCUCUCAGAGGAUUCAGUAAAUCUGAGCAGACUUUAGCCGUCUAUCUGUAUAACAACACCACACGGAAACACAGUCGAGUCUGGAGCCCGAGUGACAGGACAAGAGAUGUGUGGAUCUACGUGGAGCUCAGUAUCCAGGCUCAGAACAACAGUCAGGUGAUGUUUGCAAGUACAUGUAAAAGUUUUUGGAACUGUGGAUCUGCUGCUCUUGAUGACAUCAGCCUCCGUCCUGGGGACUGUGAGCUCCCAGCAGGUUCUACUUUGUCGCUUCCUUCACUCUGUGACUUUGAGAAGGGAUUUUGUGGAUUCACUCAGGAAAAAAAGUCUGAUGAGUCAGACUGGGUUUUGAUCAGAGGACCAACACCAACCUCCUACACUGGGCCUAAAGCAGACCACACAACUGGAGUGGGUCAUUAUUUGUAUAUCGAGGCCUCCCUGAUGCUGCCAGGUCAUAGUGCUCGCCUUCUGUCCCGCCCUCUUCGUGGUUCUAGAGCAGCUCAGUGCCUGUCCUUCUUCUACCACAUGUACGGAUCUGGAACAGGUUCUCUCCGCAUUCUGUUGCAUUCUGAGCAUGAGGAUGGAGACAUGGUGCUGUGGAAAAGGAGUGGAGCACAGAGCAUCUCUUGGAUGAAAGCAUCAGUGACCUAUGAGUGUCACCAUCACCACCAGAUUGCAUUUGAAGCCACCCGAGGGCCGUCGAUACUGAGUGACACUGCGAUCGAUGACAUUAAAUUUCAAAAGGGACCGUGUGCAGAUGGUGGUCCGUGACUCCUUUCACCUUUCUGUUAGUCAGAUCUGAUUAAAAUGACAUGAGAAAUGACAAGAGAAGAAAUAAACAUAGACAUUUCAUUAAAAAAGCUUUAUUAUGUUUAGCAUUAAAACACCUUUUACAGGUGAUAAUAUCUCAUGCCUGUUUUUAUUCACUUUAUGAUUUCAGUGUUGUCUUCAGAUGAUGUCACACUGUAUGAGAUCCUGUGGAAUCAGCUCUGUAGUGAACUGAACAGUCUGUGUGAAAAUGUGUGUGUGAGAUUACACUGAUCAACAUUCUCUAAUGAUUCUCAAUCUGCUAUUAAAGACAGAUAACUGGCUCAGAUUAACCCAAUGUGUACACACUGACCCAGGAGAUGUACAUCAUUCUUACACGAGUGUCAGAGCAGAACUCACACUCUGAGAGCUCACACGUCUGGCUUAACUGUUAAAGAAAAACUCAUCAAUUUAAUAUGUUCAGAACAUCCUGAAUUUACUUUCAUGCAAAUCUACUUUCCUUUAUUUUUUUAUGUAAAUAAUUUCAGCAAACAUUAACAAGAUUUUUUUUACUUCUAAAGGCAAUUUCCAGACUUUAUUUAACUAUAAAUGCAAACAAAUUAAUUAAUUAAUUCAUAAAUAUCAUGCAGGUAAUAACAGUUCAUCAAUAUGCAGGUGCAGUUUCAAAUCUUUGGGGUAGAACUGUGGUGUGAUUGACAGUUCAAUUGUGGUGUGAUUGGCAGCACAAUUAAAAUGCAAAAUUGUUUUAU